UUUACUCGAGAAAACAAAAACAAACCUGUGUCGCAACCUCUCCGUUGUUCUCUAUCGGCGUUUUUUCGGCGCUUAAAGUCGUUCGUAUCUCCCCUGCUCUGCGUCUUCGUGGUGAGACUUUACAUAUCUGUGCCCGCGGAGAGAUAACCAGGACCCGAGCUGAGCCUGAAGUAUCUCGUUGUGUUGUGCUUAAAGCGUCCAGAGGAAAAUGAAGACUGCGGCCUGAACAGCCGUCCUGUUCUUUUGUCUCCUCAGACUGCCCUCCGGUUCCCGCUGCAGCUGUAGUUUGCCGGUAACAGCUCGUUAACGGAGGUUGGAGAGCCAUGGCCCAGCAGAGAGGAGUAAACAGCCUGCAGUUCAACCAGGAUCAGAGCUGUUUCUGCUGUGCUAUGGAAACUGGGGUCCGGAUUUACAAUGUGGAGCCGCUGAUGGAGAAGGGCCACCUCGACCAUGAGCAGGUCGGCAGUGUGGCCCUGUGCUCCAUGCUGCAUCGAUCCAACCUGCUAGCCAUAGUUGGAGGUGGAGUCAAUCCUAAAUUCUCUGAAAUAUCUGGGCGUUUUUGGCGUACAAAACUCCACUGUGUGAGGCAGGGGCAAACGGAAAGCGCCGGAGACAAGGUGUUGGUCUGGGACGACGCUCAAGAGUCACGAGACCCUAAAGACAAGCUGGCGCUGGAAUUCACCUUCACCAAACCUGUUCUUGCUGUCCGCAUGAGACACGACAAGAUCAUCAUUGUGUUGAAGAACAGGAUCUAUGUGUACAGUUUUCCAGACAACCCUGUCAAGCUUUUUGAGUUUGACACCAGAGAUAACCCCAAAGGUCUGUGCGAUUUGUGUCCCAGUUUGGAAAAACAGCUACUGGUCUUCCCGGGUCAUAAAUGUGGCAGCCUGCAGCUGGUUGACCUGUCCAACACCAAACCUGGCACAUCAUCUGCCCCUUUUACCAUCAAUGCCCAUCAGAGCGAGAUUGCCUGCGUGGCGCUCAACCAGCCCGGCAGCGUGGCCGCUUCAGCCUCUCGCAAAGGAACUCUCAUUCGCCUGUUCGACACGACAACCAGGGACAAACUGGUGGAGCUGCGCAGAGGAACGGACCCUGCCACUCUUUACUGCAUCAACUUCAGCCACGACUCGUCCUUCUUGUGUGCCUCCAGUGACAAAGGCACAGUUCACAUCUUUGCACUCAAAGACACCAAACUCAACCGUCGCUCUGCGCUGGCACGUGUCGGGAAGGUGGGUCCUGUGAUUGGUCAGUACGUGGACAGCCAGUGGUCACUGGCCAGCUUCACUGUGCCUGCUGAGUGCGCCUGUAUCUGUGCUUUUGGAAAGAAUACUUCCAAGAAUGUCAACUCAGUCAUCGCCAUAUGUGUGGAUGGGACCUUCCAUAAGUACGUGUUCACCCCUGAUGGAAACUGCAAUCGAGAGGCCUUCGAUGUGUAUCUGGACAUAUGUGAUGAUGACGACUUUUAAGGCCACACAGAGAAACCAGUUAAAAUGUGGAAAACCAGGAUUAUGAAUGGAAACAGACUGAUUUUAAUAAAUUGUUCUCUGCUGAGAAGACGGCCGAGGAAUACAGACUUAAUGUAAAAAGUCUCUCAUAUGAAGUUUUAUGCAGAAUCAGUUUUACCUACAAGUGUAUAGCAGUGUGAAUAUAAGGUUUUCUAUUGGCUCUUAACUGUAAACCAUCACUUUGACUGGUUCAUGUUAUAUGAUAAAAAAUGUAUGUGUUGUAUUCAAUGUGUAAUUAAAAUCACACUGAAAUUUAAA